AUGGCUUUCCUCAAGUACGCCGUUCCCGUCCUGGCUGCGGCCCAGGCUGUCAUGGCUGCCAAGUGUGGUGAUGGUGAUACCAUCAAGAUCGCCAGCCAGGGCGAUGCCGACGGCUACGCCACUUGCAAGACCAUCAAGGGCGACGUCGAGAUCGACGAGCACCUGUCUGGUAGUGUCAUCUUCAGCGGCGUCGAGCAGAUCACUGGUACCUUUAGCUGUGCUGGCGGUGCCAACAUCUCCUCCAUCUCCGCUCCUGAGCUGAACUCCAUCUCCGACACUUUCAAGCUCAACGGUCUCACCACCUUGACCACCCUCAGCUUCCCCUCGCUCACCCGUGUCGGAUCGAUCCAAUGGACCGCUCUGCCCCAGCUGAACUCCCUCGACUUCAACAAGGGUGUCAGCGAUGCUGGCGAUGUUGCGAUCACCAACACCGGUCUGACCAGCCUAGACGGUAUCUCCCUGAACACCGUCGGUCAGUUCGACAUCACCGAGAACCUUCAGCUGAAGACCGUCAACGUCAACGAGCUGAAGAACGCCACUGGCCUGAUCAACUUCGCCGGUAACCUGAACUCGCUUGAGGUUGAUUUGCCCAACCUUUCCAGCGGUACCAACAUGACCUUCCGCAACGUCAGCGCUGUCUCCGUCCCCUCUCUGCACAACCUCACCGGUCAGCUCGGCUUCUGGGGCAACUCUUUCCAGUCUUUCAGCGCUCCCAACCUGACCGAGACCGGCGAUCUGAUCUUCAACGACAACGGCAAGCUCAACAACAUCAGCAUGCCUUCCCUCGAGACUGUCAACGGUGGUUUCCAGAUCGCUCGCAACGACAAGCUCAACACCAUCGAACUUCCUUCUCUCUCUGUUGUUGCUGGUGCCAUUGACUUCAGCGGCAAGUUCGACGAGGUGAGCAUCACCAAGCUCGAGAACGUCAAGGGCAACUUCAACAUGCAGAGCACCGGCAACUUCAGCUGCGACAGCUUCGACCAGGCCAAGAAGGACAAGGUUAUCCGUGGUAGCUACAAGUGCCAUGCCAACGAACCCAACCCCACCACUAAGGAUGGAUCUUCUGGCACCGUCACUGGCAGCAGCAGCUCUGCUUCUGCCUCCAAGACCAGCGCCGCCGACCUGACCGCUGCCAACCUCCCCGCUCUCGGAUUCGCCGCUGUCUUCGGUGCUCUGGUGCAGAUUGUUUUGUAA